CCGCUUCAAGCUUGCGCCGAUCCCACAUUCGUUCGCCAUCGAGACUAGACGUCGGUGCAACCUCAUCUCGUAAACUCAGCUCUCGGCAUAGCUUGUACCUACCCCGCUCUGCCCUGUCUGCUUCUUUGUCCCGUCAUUGAGUAUACAGAAGCCUGAAUUGCAAUCAUGUCGUCCAGCGAAACAGGACUGCCCGAGGGCUGGGAGAUUCGCCGCUCCAACAGCAAGAACCUGCCCUACUACUUCCACGCCGCGACCAAGGACUCACGAUGGGAGCCUCCUGCGGGCACCGACCCAGAGAAGCUCAAGCAGUACAUGGCAGCUUACCACAGCUCCAAGGGCGUCGCGCCCGCCAACUACGCAAGUUCUGGCGACAAGAUCCGCGCAGCCCAUCUUCUCGUCAAGCACAGGGACAGCAGACGUCCGGCCAGCUGGAGAGAACCUAAUAUCACCAGAUCCAAGGAGGAGGCGCGCGAGCUCAUCGAGGGCUACGAGGCUCAGAUCCAGGCGUACGAGGGCACUGCACAAGAUAACGGCGCUGAGCCCAAGUCGCUCUCGGAAUUGGCGACAACCGAGUCGGACUGCAGCAGUGCGCGAAAGGGCGGCGACCUGGGCUUCUUCGGCCGCGGCGAUAUGCAGAAGGAGUUCGAAGAGGCAUCGUUUGCGCUGGAGAAGGGACAAGUGAGCAAGGUUGUUGAGACUGCAUCUGGGCUGCACUUGAUCCAGAGACUGGAGUAGGCUUGCACAAGAUUGCAGUGUAGGACCUCAUUGGAGCACGGACGUGAGAUGAGUGACAUGUGUAACGAAAGCAGGGUAUUGAGAAGGGAUCGCUUGACAGUGCAGUGUAUGAACGUGGCUUAGACCCUGGUUACGUCGAUGAUGCCCAACAGUUAACGACUGGACCGAAGCUUGUGGGAAGACAGGUCGCGACUUGCCAUACUAGCCAGCUGCAGCACAAUGAAGUCAACAUGUUCAGC